AUGGAGAAUCCUUCUGAGCUUCAUUUACAGGCAGCAAAAAGGGUGCUAAGAUAUUUGAAAGGAACAACUGAGUUUGGAAUUUUCUAUAAGAAGGGAGGAGAUGAUGAACUUGCUGCAUACACUGAUAGUGAUUAUGCUGGAAAUUUGGAGGACGGAAAGAGUACUUCAAGCUAUGUGUUUUUAUUGAGUUCAGGAGUAGUAUCAUGGUCAUCAAGAAAACAACCAGUAGUGAGUCUAUCUACCACAGAGGCAGAGUUUAUUGUUGCUGCUUCGUGUGCAUGCCAAGCAAUAUGGUUGAAAAGGGUGUUAGGAAAGCUGAGUCAAAAUCAAGGCAAGUCAACCACUAUUCGUUGUGAUAAUAGUUCUGCAAUCAAACUCUCAAAGAACCCAAUAAUGCAUGGUCGUAGUAAGCACAUAGACAUCUUAUCUAGAAUAAUCUCUAAAGGCUACCAAAUGCAUCAAGAGCAUAUAUAG